UAAAAUUGACAGGAUCCUAGAGAUUAUGACGUCACAGUCUGGUACCCGGAACCAGAUAAAAAAAUAUGUAGUCGUAGUUCAUGAUAGGUUGCUUUGCACAUCGGACGUGUUCGUGUACAGGUGCUUUGGCCCGGCUGGUUAGUGAUCGAACAACAUGUACACAAGGAAAGGCGAAACAUGCUGGAAAAGAUGCUGGUAUGCAAAUGGAAUUAGUUUGUAGAUGAUUAUAAGCGAUACCAUUUGGCACGUGACUCACUAAACGAGGAGAGUCCGUGCAUUCUGAGCAGAUGCUGAAGAGGCCUUACAUAGGCGUUAAGAUGUUUUUUUCUCCACGAGACUUCUAGAAUUAUGACAACAGUUUUAUUUCGUCCAAAGUAAGCUUAGAUAUGGAUCGCCACGGUACAGAAAAAUCGUCAGCAGGGUCCAAUGCCAUCUCCAUACCGUCAGGGAAAGGGUCCGAAUUGAUUGACCCUACAGGAAAACCCUCCUCCCCCAGGAAACCGACGGGGGCCGUGGAAUCUGGCGUACUGAUAAGAAAAACUUCUAUCAGGCGGCGCCUGUCUACAGAGACUGGGGAUGGGGUGAAUGACGUCACUUCCUAUGGGAAACAGACGAAGGAGUACAGUCGCCUUCGAAAGGAGAUUAUGGCCAGUCCAGGUGUUAAAAAUGCACUUGAAAGUUUACACGAAAGAUGGAAAAUGCUCAUGUUUAUGUACGAAGACUGUUUAGACAUGAUACAGGAACGAAAGGAUAGACACAAACAAACGCAGAGGUGCAGGGAACGCCGGGAAAUUUUUGCUACAUCUAUAAUAUAUACCGGAAUUUUUAUGCCUGUAGCAGUAUUGACACUGGUAUUCCUGCUUACCCUAUUCUGAUGUACGUUCAAGUAAAUAUUAUAAAAAAAAUUAUUUCAUGAGCAGAUUUAAUAUGUAAACAUCUAUUCUCAGGACUAGAUAAUUGAAUUGUUUUACCAUAUUGACUCUUCAACAUGUAUGAUUGCCUGAGAAGAUAUUUUCGAUUUUUCCGGUGAAAAAUCAUCAAUGUGAUGGAAAUACUGUGCACUCGAUCGUGAAAUAUCACUAACCUGUCAAACUUGUGAAAUGUGUGAAGUUCAGAGAGAAAACAUUAUAUAUAUUCUAUUAUAUAACUGUUGCAGCGGACAUCAAUUCCAUGAGCACGUGUCAAAGAUCAGAACGACAGCAUGAAAUGUUCCUUACAAAUAUAGGCUUAACAGCCAGGAGAGCCUAUAAUUUUCCUUUUGUUUGGAUUUCUCAUCAUUUCAUAUUGUGUUUCGAAUUCAGAACAAUAUCGCUGAUGUGGUUUGUCGUUGUCGAAAUAAGUUAUUAUUAUAUAAUACAUGUAUUUGGGCACAUUGUUGUUAAAAUGACUUCUACGCUUUGUCUUGUUAUACAUUAACUACAGUACCAACACACAUACACGAGCGAUCCCUUCAGUCUUAGCUUGAAAUUUUACAAUAAAUAUCUAUAACUUAGCGGUGUGACUGGGUAGGAUAUCAAAACUACCUGUUUGUUGAUCAACACACACAUACAUGUAUAUUAUGAAAUUAGAUAAUAUACAUUAAUCUGUUUUUGAUGAAACGAUCUUUAACGAACAAGACAAUGAUCUUAAAUCAGUCCCAGCUUAUCUCUUCGACAGUGAAUCUUUAAUAAAGAUAUUUUAGUAGUU